AUGGCCAAAUACCCCAUUCACAUCGAGCCUUCCUUCGUCGAUACAACCGACUUCGACAAUGCCCGACGCGGCUUCAUUGGCGCCCUCGAGCCCUGCAUCAUUCGCGCAGCAGACGGCCGGACAGUCUGGAACAAUGAUGAGUACAGUUUUCUCAAUGCCAAAUGCCCCUCGACCGCCAACCCCAAGCUAUGGCGGCAAGGCCAGCUCAACUCGAUUCAGGGCCUCUUCGAAGUGACACAAGGCAUCUACCAAGUGCGCGGCCUCGAUCUCUCGAACAUGACAAUCGUGGAAGGAAAAGAAGGCGUAAUUAUAAUUGACCCUCUCACAGCCGUGGAAACCGCCGCUCAAGCUCUAUCUCUGUAUCGAAAGCACCGUGGCGAGCGCAAGGUGACCGGCGUGAUAUAUUCUCAUUCCCACAUCGACCAUUUCGGCGGCGCGCAAGGAAUUCUCCCACUUGCCAAAAGCCACGAUAUCUCCAUCAUCGCACCAGAAGGCUUCAUGGAAGAAGCACUAAGUGAAAACCUCUACGUUGGAAACGCCAUGCGCCGUCGCGCUGUUUACAUGUAUGGAAGCCGAUUACCCAAAGCACCCGACGGCCAAAUCGGCUGCGGACUAGGCAUGGGCGUACCAACGGGGACGAGCUCCCUCGUCCCUCCAGACAAGAUAAUCAACGAGACUGGCGAAGAGCAGAUUGUCGACGGCGUCCGCAUAAUUUUCCAAAUGGUUCCCGAAUCCGAAGCGCCCUCUGAAAUGAACUUCUUCUUCCCCGACCACCGAACCCUCUACAUCGCUGAAUGCGCCACCCACUCUCUCCACAACAUCAUCACGCUCCGCGGUGCACAGGUCCGAGACGCCAAGGCCUGGUCCCAUUACCUUGACGAAUCUCUCGUUCUCUUCGGAACGAACACUGAUGCACUUUGUGCCGGCCAUGCUUGGCCUACCUGGGGCCGGGAAGAGGUCUCGACAAUCCUGCAAGACCAGCGCGAUCUAUACGCCUACCUCCACGAUCAAACGAUCCGGAUGAUGAACAAUGGUAUGACAGGUAUCGAGAUUGCCGAGGUCCUUACUUUGCCACCCUCUCUGCAGAGCAAGUGGUAUACACAGGGCUUCUACGGGUCCAUCAGCCACAAUGUCAAGGGUAUCUAUCAGCGAUACGUCGGCUGGUUUGAUGGAAACCCCGCGCAUCUUUGGGAACAUCCCCCGAAAGAAAAUGCCGAGAGAUACGUCGCAUGCAUGGGCGGGAUCGACGAGGUUGUUCGUAAAGCAGAGGAGUUUGCAGAGAAGGGCGACUUGCGUUUUGCGGCUACACUACUGGGCCACGCCGUUGCUUUUGAUCCCACGCAUUCCAAGGGAAAGAUGGCUUUGGCUACUGUUUUCACUAAACUGGGCCAUGGGUCUGAGAAUGGGACCUGGCGGAACUUCUAUCUGACUGGGGCGCAGGCAUUGCUGGCUAGGAACAUCCCGCCUCCUUCGCAGGCCUUGGUUAAUGGAUUGAAACCGACGCAGACUGUUGAUCAGUGGCUGACUCUGCUAUCUAUUCGAAUUGAUGGUCUGAAAGCUGGGGACUCGUCUUUCAUAAUUGAUAUCCAUGUUGUUGAUGAAGCGAAAUUGUACAGGGUAAAUGUAAGUAAUGGGGCAUUGACUUACAGAGUUGUUCGGGAUACUCAGGGCCUGGAUGGAAUACCCGGCCUCACACUGGAAUUGAAGAAGGAUGAGCUGCUGGGCGUUCUCAAAGGCGAGAAGGAACUCGAAAAUGUACAAGGAGACUGGUGUUUGAUUCCAAUACUGCUUUCUUUUCUGGAAAGCGCUGGAUCCAACACCCCGAUACGUGUGCAGCUCUAA